AGAGGGAGUCACUGAUGUGUGUGUCUGUCACUGAUGACGCUCAUGUGUCUUAAAGGACCGUGAGUGUAAGUUUGAUGCAUAUUCUCACAGUCUGAUGCUUUGCGCCUGUUAUUUAAGAGCUCCGCCGUCGUGAUGAUCAAUACCGCGAGAAAAUGGAUCGUAUCGUGCAGCUUGAACCUUUAGUGUCAUACGCCGAGGUGAAAUGAGGGUGUAAUUCGUCCAAAAUGUGACAUGGCACAAGCGCAUCGGGCUCACGGUUGGACAGCCGAGGUGUCAUCGAUCUGAUCUGAUAUGAUGGCUGAUAAAUAACGCGGCGAGAUGGAUCUCCUCUCCGUUUAUCCUUGACGCGUGCGGGAGGGAGGCAGGCGGAACUGAGCAGCGUGACCACCGGCCAAUGUACCGGGGGAACGGUGGCAGCGGUCUUGAGAUCCGUUCCUCCGGGUUUUACGCAGCAAGGCGCGGGGAACGAUGGGCUGCGCUCCCAGCAUCCACGUCUCGCAGAGCGGGGUGAUCUACUGCCGCGACUCGGAUGAGUCCAACUCGCCGCACCAGACCACCACCAUCUCACAGGGCACGGCGACCACCCUGCACGGCCUCUUCAUCAAGACCGACGCAGCGGACACCAUCCCCUCCGUGAUCGCGUACCAGAGCAGGCACACGCGGACCAACUCCCACCGGGAGCGGAGAGAGAGCAGCGGCGGGCACGUGUGCACGGAGGCCGAGACUCAGACCAGCAGCACCGGCGUCAAGGUGUCUGCAGCAGAAGAGCGUUUGGGGCCAAUGCGACUGACCCAGGAGCCCAUUCAGGUGUUACUGGUCUUUGCUAAAGAGGACAGUCAGAGCGAUGCCUUCUGGUGGGCGUGUGAGCGGGCGGGGUUCAGGUGUAACAUCGCACGAACACCUGAGUCUGCGGUGGAGUGUUUCUUGGAUAAACACCACGAGAUCGUCAUCAUUGAUGGCCGGCACUCACGGUACUUUGAGGCUGAUGCCGUCUGCCGGAUGAUUCGAGCAACCAAGCCUUCUGAACACGCUGUUAUUUUAGCAGUGAUGCCACAAACUCCCUCAGAUCAGGAGGAACCAUCUGUCCUUCCUCUUCUCUCUGCUGGCUUCUCCAGAUAUGUAAAUCCAGCAUUUGAAAAGAUGAUGGGCUAUCAUAGAGAUGAACUGAUCGGUAAAGAGUUGACUGAACUGCCCAAGAGUGAGAAAAACAGUGCCGACCUGCUGGACACCAUCGAUACCUGCAUCAGGAAAGGAAAGGAAUGGCAGGGGAUCUAUUUCUCACGGAGGAAGUCAGGGGACAGUAUUCAGCAAUAUGUCAGAAUCAUUCCUGUGAUUGGCCAGGGAGGAAAAAUCCGCCAUUUUGUGUCCAUCAAGAGGCCUUACAGUGACAACCACAGACAGGUUCAUAAGUUGAGUAAAGAAGAAAAAUACUGUGGUGAACACUCACAAUCAGAAUGCAAUUCCUUGCGUCGCAAGGACCGGAGGAAAGAGUCUGUGGACAUCAGAUCCAUCAGCUCUCACAGCAGCGAUGCUCCCAGUCUACAGAACCGCAGAUAUUCCUCUAUGGCCAGAAUCCACUCAAUGACUAUUGAGGCUCCGAUCACUAAGAUCAAUACAGAAUCAGCUGUCAAAAAUCAUUACGUGUGUGUGUGUGUGUGUGUGUUUAUGCUGCACUCAUUCCUUUUUUGUCUUUAUCCAGAAUGCAAUUCCUUGCGUCGCAAGGACCGGAGGAAAGAGUCUGUGGACAUCAGAUCCAUCAGCUCUCACAGCAGCGAUGCUCCCAGUCUACAGAACCGCAGAUAUUCCUCUAUGGCCAGAAUCCACUCCAUGACUAUUGAGGCUCCGAUCACUAAGGUGAUAAAUAUCAUUAAUGCAGCGCAGGAGAGCAGUCCUGUGACAGUAGCGGAAGCUCUGGAUCGUGUUCUAGAGAUUCUGCGGACCACCGAACUCUACUCACCCCAACUGGCCUCAAAAGAGGACGAUCCUCACACCAAUGACCUGGUGGGGGGGCUCAUGAGUGACGGACUCAGAAGGCUCUCUGGGAAUGAGUAUGUCUUCUCCAAAAGUGCUUUACACAAUAUGAGUCAGAGUCACCUGCCAGUGCCUGUCCCGUUAAACGACAUCCCGUCCUCCAUCGCAGAGCUGCUCGACGAGGAGGAACGCUGGGAAUUCAGUAUCCUGGAGCUGGAAGCAGCUACUCACAAGAGGCCGCUUUCAUACCUGGGGCUGAAGAUCUUCUCUGCUUUUGGCGUGUGUGAGUUCCUGAACUGCACAGAGGCCACGUUGCGCUCGUGGCUGCAGGUGAUCGAGGCUAAUUACCACGCAUCCAACUCCUACCACAACUCAACACACGCCGCAGACGUCCUGCACGCCACAGCCUACUUCCUGCGCAAGGACCGAGUCAAGGGCAGUCUUGACCAGUUGGAUGAAGUAGCAGCGCUAUUGGCAGCAACCGUCCAUGACGUUGAUCACCCGGGCCGCACCAACUCAUUCCUGUGCAAUGCAGGCAGUGAUCUGGCCAUUCUGUACAACGACACGGCCGUCCUGGAGAGUCACCACGCCGCUCUAGCGUUCCAGCUUACUGUACGAGACAGCAAAUGCAACAUCUUCAAAAACAUGGAAAGGACUCAGUUUCGGACCCUACGGCAGGCCAUAAUAGACAUGGUGUUGGCGACAGAAAUGACGCGACACUUCGAACACGUCAACAAGUUCGUAAACAGCAUCAACAAACCCAUGAGUGCCAUUGAGGAGACGAGCUCCAAUAGUGAAGGCAGUGAUUGUGAGGGUCAGGCCAGUAUUCGCAACUCUCCUGAGAAUCGUCUGUUGAUUAAACGGAUGCUGAUUAAAUGUGCCGAUGUGGCCAAUCCCUGCAGGCCUCUGGAGCUCUGCAUCGAAUGGGCUGGUCGUAUUUCCGAGGAGUACUUUGCUCAGACUGACGAGGAGAAAAGACAAGGUUUGCCGGUUGUCAUGCCAGUGUUUGACCGGAAUACCUGCAGCAUUCCUAAAUCCCAGAUCUCAUUUAUCGACUAUUUCAUCACGGACAUGUUUGAUGCCUGGGAUGGUAAAUAUACACACACUCACACACGCAAUACACUGAGCUCUAUAGUACAGAUUAUGGUGGAGGCUCUUGUCGCCCUCUAA